AUAUGGGAAAAUCAUGAAAGUUAUCGCGGCUUGACCACCACUUCCUGAUAACCGUUACGGCGCUAUUGUGCAUUAUUAUUAUUAUUAUUAUUAAGUAUAAGACAACUGCUCGGUGUGGCGGUACAGGUGCAUUACAGGAAGCUCACUACUCCAGUACGGGUCCAAAACUCCUGCUGCUUACUGCACUGUGCAAUUACAACACCUGCUGCCUAUUCAUCAGAAGACUGUCUUCCCAUUUUGUUCUGCACAUGUGCUUAGAAGCAAAUUCAUAAAAUACUACAUGUGGCUGACAAGGCACUGACCCAUAAGGAAAAAAAGGAACAGCUCUACAAGAAUGAAAAGUUAUAAUAUUAUCAUUGCAAUAAUUUUGGUUCUCUUCAGUAGAACCGUACGAACCAAUGGCUCUCCUCUGGCAGAGUUAAAAAAACUUCCUGCAACUCAUUAUGUUGAAAAGCUUGCUAGCCCUUGUCCCUGUAAAGAUAAGCUUCUCUGUUUACCUCUCGCACAAGCCAUGAAUGAAAAUGCCACAGCACCUCAUGUCCUCAACUAUAUCAAGAAAUCAGAGAAAAAAGAGGUAUUUGCAUUUGUGGUGAAGUGUAAUGCCUCAGUGUGGGGAAAGUUCAACUGGUCCAAGCUAACGACUGUGGCUCUCGCCAACUUUUAUGAUACUGAUCUGGUGUGUCACGCCCAUCAGCAUGGUGUUCGGGUGGUCAAGUUGGGGAAUUUUCCAACAAAUCAGCUAAGCAACAAAACAGCUCGCAAAGAAUGGAUUAAACUACAGACAAGUCAAAUUAUUCUGUACUUUCUGGAUGGUAUCAAUAUUGAUUAUGAAGAUGCCCUUGAUCCAUUUACCCCUGAGCAGUAUGGCCUCACAAGCUUGGUGAAGGAGACAGCAGAUGCCUUCCACUCAACACUUCCUGGUUUACAGGUGUCGUUUGAUGUUGCAUGGUCAGCCAAAGGGAUUGAUGGACGAUACUAUGAGUACAAAAAGAUUGCUGAAUAUAGCGAUGUCAUCUUCAUUAUGGCCUAUGACGAGCAGAGCCAGAUUCUGACUGGUCCCUGCACUGCAAGGGCAAAUUCUGGUAUUUACAAAGCUGCACAAGGGAUCCAGACUUACUUGGAGCUGGGCAUCCCUUCCACCAAAAUGAUCCUUGGAGUCCCUUGGUAUGGCUACAACUAUCCUUGUCUUCACUUGGAUAAGAAUAAUACCUGUUACAUCAAAGAAGUUCCAUUUAGAGGCUGCAACUGUAGUGAUGCUGCAGGGACUCAGCAUCCUUACCGUGAUAUUUUGAGCACCCGCCAUGAGUACAAUGCAACUUACCAGUGGGACCGGAACACCCUUUCACCUUGGUAUAAUUACAAGGACAUUAAUGGCCAGCAACAUCAGGUGUGGUAUGACAAUGAAAGCAGCCUCAUAUACAAGUACAUGCUUGCCAUCAUGUCAGGCCUUAGAGGUGUUGGCAUGUGGACAGCCAAUUUUCUCGACUACUCUGACACGGCAAGUGGAAAGUUGCAACGAGAACGAAUGUGGGGUAUACUACCUUAAUGUGACUUCUUAUUUGCAUUUGCUACUGUGAUUCUUAGAUAUAGAUCUGUUUUUAGGUAAAGUUGGGGGCAUAUGCCAUAGCUGCACUUGGCCUCAUUGAUCAUCUGUCACAUUGGCCCUUGAGCCUGUGGUGGAUAAGAACCAAUUACUCUGGGACACAAGGUCAUUGUGACAUCUAGGUUAUCAUAGUUUACCUUCUCCAAGUUUCCCCAGGUACCUAUUCAUCGACCAGCCCGAAAGGAAGGGUGAACAGCUGAGUGAGCCACACGCCAACUGCCCGGCCGGGAUUCAAACCCUGGCCUGCAGAUUCAUAGCUAGGCAUGCUGCAUAACCACUGCACUAUGGAGGCAUAAAAAAAUGUUGUCUUAAUGAAAAUCUCUAAAAUGAUAUUACAUAUUAAAGAGUCUGUUUAUCAGCUAAAACUACGCUUCCUUCUUUGUUGAUAUAAAAUAUAAAUUUUAAGUAUGUAUUACACACAUACAGUAUAAAGAUAAUUUAUAGAAAACAUUUUAAUAAAAUUUUACAAAUACAAACUGUGCUGUUAAGGCAACUUCAGCACUGCUGGCAUGAGAGAAAGAUGUUUCUUAUUUCCCUAUACUGUUUGUUAACUUUCUUAUCGUUUCACUUCUGACUCAUUUUUGAAUUGUUGCCCCAAAACCACCAUUUAUGGUUAUCAAACACCCCAGUGACCUGAUUUUAAUUUGAAAGUAGAUAUCGAGCAGAAUGGAAUCUGCCCUACCAAGACGUGAGAAGUGCCCAAGGUGCAAAAAGGACUUUGUGUAAUUUUUUUUUUCUGUAAUUAUGAAGUUCUGCUCCUCUUCUGUCUCUUGUCUCACAGUAAACAGUAAUAGUUGAUGAAUUACUAUUUUAGAGGCGAUGGGUUAUUUUCCUCAGCAGUGGUAAGUUACUUUAGGUUAAGGUUGGAUUUUGUUGGUAAAAAUCUACUUCAAGCGCCCUUCCACAUCUUGUUUCCUACUUCACUAGAUGUUGUAGUUGAUCAGUAAAUAAUCUCACUUUUUGUCCAUUAAAAGUUGCAUGGCAAA